AAAACAGGCAUCCUCAUUCCGCGGGAAGUUUCACAUUUUAGUCGAAACGUCCGCAUUUUCUUAUUUUAGACAUGUUUGUCAACAAAUGGGCCUUCGUCUCCACACCGCAGCGAUCUAUCUGAAAUAUUUCACCUGUUGCAUGCAGUAGGUGAAACAGAAACUAGCCGAACAGAGCUGGUGUGAAACCCAAAAAUGGAGAUAGAUAUCUAUGGGGAAGAGGCUUGGCAAUAUAUGAAUAGCAACUUCAGUCAUGUGAAAGGCUUGUAUUUGGACCAUGCCGGAAGCACACUAUAUUCUAAGUCAUUAAUAGAGCAUUCACUUGCUGAAUUAACACAGAAUUGCUUUGGGAAUCCUCAUAGUCGUAACACUCCUAGCAGAUUGACAACUGAUCUUAUUGAUCAAACAAGAAUUGAACUACUUAAUUUCUUCCAAGCAGAUCCCAACCAAUAUACAUUGUUAUUUACAUCAGGAGCAACUGAUAGCCUUAGGCUUGUGGCUGAAAGUUUUCAGUUUUCAAGUAUGUCAUCCCAUUCAUAUGACUGUGGGUCCUUUGUUUACCUUAAAGAGAGUCACACUUCAGUUAUUGGCAUGAGGGAAUAUUUUAAAAGAAAUGUUCCAUGUUAUGCUUUACCGUCUGACGACAUUAGCACAUAUUUUAAUCUGGAAAGCCAUAGUGGCAUUCAUGAAAAGGUACACAUAAAAGACAAUCUUGCUUCUUCAGUUUAUCAGGAAAAAAAAGUAGAAACAGAGAUUGCGAAAGAAAGCGAAAAAACGUUGGCGACAGCAAAUUCAUUGUUUGUCUUCCCAGCGCAAUGCAAUUUCAGCGGCUUCAAAUAUCCUUUAGAGCUUAUAUCGUAUUCGCAACAGGGAGGCCUCUCCGACAUCAGCAGAGAUUUAUGUUUGAACAAAGAACUUUCAAAUAAGAAGGAGAAAAGCAAAAACGUCUGGUUUUGUCUUUUGGAUGCCGCCUCGUAUGUAGGCACGAAUCAGCUAGAUCUCUCUGUUUGGCAACCAGAUAUGGUAGCAAUAUCUUUUUACAAGAUGUUUGGUUAUCCAACAGGUUUAGGGGCUUUAAUCGUUCAUCAGCGCGCUAAUCAUGUCUUACAGAAAAAGUAUGUUGGAGGAGGGACAGUGGAAAUUGUUUCAUCUUCUCGCGACUUUCAUGUGGCACGUCAUGUUCUACAAGAAAAAUUUGAAAAUGGGACUGUGAAUUUUCUCUCCAUUCUCGCACUCCGCCAUGGUAUGCGGGAGCUUAAAAAUCUUGUAUUAACAAUGGACAACGUGUCUAUCCACACGUUUCGACUAGGACAAUUGUUGUAUGUUUCCCUGUGCCAACUGAAACAUGCGAACGGAAAAAGUUUAGUGAAAAUAUAUUCCCACACGGAAUUCACUGAUCGGCAACGCCAGGGUGCCAUUGUCACUUUCAAUCUGAUGGCGGAAAGCGGCGAUUACAUUGGAUAUGCUUAUGUUGAAAAAAUACUUAGUUUGUAUGAUGUUCACGUGAGAACGGGUUGCUUCUGCAAUCCUGCAGCUUGCCAACGGUUUCUUGAAUUAUCAGAAGAGGAUUUAUGUUCCCACUAUAUGUCUGGUCAUAAAUGUGGCGAUGAAAAUGACUUAAUUCACGGUCGGCCGACUGGUGCAGUUCGUGUUUCGUUUGGUUACAUGUCACAAAGAAAGGACGUCAUACAAUUCCUGACUAUAUUACGACAGUGCUUUCUGCAAGAUAAUGUGGCACCGAGAAAAGGCACCGCAGAAAAGCUGCUGGAGCCCGUUCGGCAGAAUCGAACUUAUUUUGAAUUGAUAGGCAUUCACGUCUAUCCGAUAAAGUCAUGUGGCGGUUUUAGUCCAAAAACAUGGCCGAUUUCUAAGUCUGGGCUAUUGUAUGACCGACACUGGGUUAUCGUAAAUGACGCCGGGAUUGCGCUGACACAAAAGCGUGAACCGAAACUCUGUAUGAUUCGGCCAAGCAUUGACUUAGAACGGAACAAACUUAUUUUACAAUACUAUGGUACGGAAUUAUCCAUCAGCAUGGAUAUCAACGACCAUCAAACGACCUUGGACGGUAACCAUGGAAUGAAUCUUAGAAAAAUAUGCGGAAAAAUCAUGCACUUAGAUGACUGCGAAUCUGCCGUCAAUCAGUGGCUGAGCGAAGUGAUCGGUCGACCUGCUUUGAAACUGUUGCGAUGUUCUAUUUUGGAUUCAUCAUUGGUAAACACUUCUUCUUUUUUGCUACUAAAUUAUAGCAGCGUGAAUAGUCUGAAGGAGCAGCUUAAAAAUACGGAUUUUGAAUUAUCUUCAACGGAAGAAUACCUGACUAGAUUCCGAGGCAAUUUCGUUGUAGAAAGUGCAAAUGCUUUCGAAGAAGAUGGUUGGGAAAAAGUUAAAAUAGGACCUUACAUUUUUCAGAAUGUCGGUGCAUGUUUCCGAUGUCAGAUGGUGUGUAUUGAUCAAAACACUGCUAUCCGAAGUCGUGAAGCAUUAACAGUCCUGGCAAAUACCAGAGGGAAGAAAAUGCCAUUUGGAAUUUGUCUUGAAAUGUGUUCCAACGCUAGUGGUGCACAAGUUGUUGAAAUUGGAUAUCCAGUUUCGCUAGAUACAUCUGAUCUAAAGUUUACAUAGAUUAUUACAUUAGUUCACAUUCUCACAUUACCACAUUAUUACAUUCGUUCACUAUCAUUCACUGAUAGUGAAUGUACUGUACGAACAUGUAACAUGUUUGCAUUACGUUGAACUGUUGCCUGCGCUCUUAAGCUGCCAUAAGGAUAAUGCUAUGGAUGCGGAACUUUAUUUGCAUACAAAGUAGACGAUGAAUACACAAAAAUUACAAUCAUUAACAAA